UGCCCCCCUCGGACCCUAAAUUUCGGACUCCCCCCUCUCCAAGCUCAUCAUCACCAUCUCCCCUCCAGACGCCUUCAAUGAGGCGGAGUCUGCCGCCGCUGCCGCGAAGGCCCCAUUGGCUGGCAGGGCGCGUGACCGCGCGCGAGUGCGAGAGAGGAGCGGGGUGGGGGGCGCUCGUCCUGGCGCUUGAAAAUGUUUUCUCGGGAUGCCGCCGCUGCUGAUGAUGAUGCUGCUGCUGCUGCUGCAUCUGCUGAUGAUGCUGCCGCUGCCGCCGCUGCUGCUGCUGCUAUGUCGGGUGGCUGCUGCGAUGCCAAGAAUCACCCAGAGCCCUUGUUCGCGCCGCCGCCUCCGCGCCUGAAGAUGUCAUCGCCGUCGGCCCCGUCGUGUCCUCCGAACGCGCCGGCGCUCGCCAACUCGUUCCUCGUCGACUCGCUGCUCGUGGGCGCGGGUCGGGCGGGCUCCUCCGCCGCCGCCGCCGACUUGUUCUACGCCGGCUCGGCCGCAGGUUCGCAGCACCACCACCACCACAACCACCACAAUCACAACAACCACCACAAUCAUCACAAUCAACAACAGCAGCAGCAGCAGCAUGGCUACGCAGCAGCCGUGCAGAAUUGUAGCCUCGUGCAAUCGCUCGUCAAACGCUCGGACCUGCCACCGCCCCACCACCACCACCAUCCUCACGCUGUUCACCACUAUCACCACCACCAGCAGCAGCAGCAGCAACAGCAGCAGCAGCAGCGCCUAACUCUGGGCUCGCACCACCCCGCCACUGUCUACGCGACCUCUAUGCCCGAGGGCGGAUCGUGGGGAGAUCCGAUCCGGGCAUGCGGCCAGCUGGACGCGAACCAAUGCGCGCCGUCUCACGGAGCCGUCUUCUCGCCGCACGCCGUCAAGGAGGAGGACGCCUACUGCCUGUACGGAGCCGUCGACGUGGCUCGGGCCGCCAAGACGGACGCGGCGUACGCGCGGCUUCAGCUGCAGGGCGCCGAGGCUUCGGCAGCCGCGGCCGCCGCGUCCGACGGAGGCGCGGGGGUCCCCGUGCCCGGCUACUUUCGCCUGGGGCAAAUGCCCUCGGCGGUGGCGGUGAAGCCUCUGGACUUCAGUGCCUUGGAGGACGUCUCGCCCGCCGCCUUCACGCGCUCGCCCGAGUUGAAUCACGACCCCGCCGCGUCGGGGGCAGCGGCGGGGGCAGCCGAGGCGACGUCGGUGUCGCUGUCGCCAUCCCCGGCUCGCUUCGCGCCCAGCGGACUGGACGACGACGCGGUACCGGUGGCGAUUGGUGCCGGGGUCGGUGCCAGACCGGGGGGCAGUCCCGAGGAGCGGGGGUCACCGACAGACCCCCUCCCCAUCUCCGUUCCUCACGCUGGGCCCCCCGCUUUGGGCGGACCCAUCAACCACCACAACAACAACCACCACGACCACCACCACCACCACCACCAGGUCGCACCCUCCCGCUACGAGCAGCGUUCGCCCUCGCAGCGCGCGGAGAGCGGCGGCUUCAGCCCCGGGGGCGCGCCCAAGGCACCAGAGGUCGUCGGCCGCGACGGGGACGCCGCGCGCGAGGCCCCGGGCGGCUGGCUGACGGCGAAGAGCGGUCGCAAGAAGCGCUGCCCCUACACCAAGUACCAGACCCUGGAGCUCGAGAAGGAGUUCCUCUUCAACAUGUACCUGACGCGCGAGCGGCGUCUCGAGAUCAGCCGCGGGGUCAACCUCACCGACCGCCAGGUCAAGAUCUGGUUCCAGAACCGACGGAUGAAGCUCAAGAAGAUGAAUCGCGAGAUCCGUGUCCGCGAGAUGACGGCCCCGUACCCCUUCUCGUAGAGCCGAGGUGGGUGGUAGGUGCGGGGAGGGCAGAGGGGGAGCCGUGCGAUGCGGGCGCCGUCGAGCGCGGGUUGCGCUCCCUCCACUUGGCAUCGAUCCACCACCGCGUCGAGGCGUCGCCCUGGACAGCGGCUAAGUCGAACGGUUGAGGUCACGCGUUGUUGACGAACUCUGGGGGCGAUGUUACGCAUCGCGACAUCGUCGACAACGCCAUGGAUUGGUCGAUGAUCGUCGGCGUUUGUUCACCAAUCCGUCGCACGGCCGGACUGGGCCACCAAUGCGUCUGCUGAUUCCUUCGCGGCUCUGAGACGGUGGUAUAGACAUUACACAUUCCUAUGGCGGGGGCCCAGACGGUCUGUUUAAAACAACAACAACAACGCACACCACAAGAUGUUGUGGACAAAAAAACGACGCAAAACUCUCAGUGACCAAAAAUCCACGAGGAAGCAACGUUCACUCUGAAGUCGCAUUUCUUUGCUGUCGAAUUCGUCACGUGGCUUCUCGCGCGCGUGUAUACCCGUGGCCAAUGUAUAUAUUGGACAAAAAAACGAAGUGUUACUCGUUGUGCCGCGCUACUUGUGACGAUGA